GAAAGCUCCUUGAAUUACCGCGACUUGCUUCGAAAGGGUUUAAUAUCGGCUUGUGAAGAUGGCUUCACCAGCGAAGACAGUUGCUUUCAUAGGCCUGGGUGUGAUGGGAUAUCCCAUGGCCGUGAACCUCCGCAAUGGACUAAGCCCCGAGUAUACACUACUCAUAUGCGACGUAAACAAAGAAGCCAUUUCAAAGUUCCAAAAGCAAGUGGCGGGAAAAGGUCCAGUGAAAGUAAUAAACAAUGGCUUCGAGGCGGCGAACUCUGCUAACAUGGUCAUCACGAUGUUACCGAACUCCCCAGCUGUAAAGGCAGUCUACCUUGACACGAAAACUGGAAUUAUUUCCGGCGUGGAAGCAGCAGCUGCAUCCUCCCCCGAAAAGAAAAUCAUCAUGGAAUGCGGAACAAUCGAAACAGCAACAAUCCUCAAAGUCGCGAAAGCAGUGACCACAAGCGCUAAAAUCAAUUCCUCCUCUGGCUCCUCAAUAUCUUUUGUCGACGCUCCUGUCUCUGGCGGUCCUAUGGGAGCAGAAGAUGGAACGCUGACGUUCAUGGUUGGUGCGAAUGAUAAAGCUUCGUUUGAAGCAGCAAAGGAGGUGCUGGGGCAUAUGGGCAAGAAGGAAUCGAUCUUCCACUGCGGGGAUGUCGGUGCUGGCACUGCAUUUAAAGUGAUUAACAACUACCUCUCGGCGAUCACGUCCCUCGCUGCUUCCGAAGCACUGAACAUCGGUACUAAAAUGGGACUCGAUGUCAAGCUUCUCACGGAUGUGAUCAAUGUGUCUGGGGGACAGUGUUGGGUUACUAGUAAGAGUAAUCCUGUGCCCGGUGUGCAAGCAAAUGUACCGAGUUCGAGGGGCUACGAAGGCGGUUUUAGGCUAGAGUUGUGUACAAAGGUGCUGCAGAUGGGGAGUGAGUUAGCAGAGAUGGUGGGCGCAAGGACGGUUUUGGACAAGCCGACACUAGAGGCGUUUAAGGAGGCGAGUAAAGAUGAGAGGUAUCAUGGAAAGGAUGCGAGGGUUGUGUAUAAGUGGUUGAAUGAGAGUGAGAGAUAGCCAUGUGUGAGGAAAGAGAAGAGAUGUUGAAGGGAUGGAGGUGGAGGGUUAGCUGGCAGUAUGUAUGCAUUAUUCAGUCUCACCAUGGUUUCAAUGAAAAGUAUGAAUUAGUUCGUGAUCCGAAGUACGGAAAUGAAUACACUGAAGAG